CACGCCGCUCUUCUCUCUCUCUCUCUCUCUCUCUCUCUCUAAAAGAAACAACAUCACCAACACCUAAAGCGUUGGCCAUUGAAAAAUACGCCAAACCCAUUUGAAUUCAUUCAAAAAUAAAAGCAACACAACCAAUACGCUGAGAAAAAGAGAGAGAGUUCUGGAGUUUCAUCAGAAGCGAAACAAGUCACAGAGAAGUAAGGGAAGAAGAGGAGUUUUCUCUUUUCUAUAUAUGUAAUGCAUCAGAAGAAAUCCGAAGUUCAGAUCGGAAAAGAAAGCAGCGGCGUCUCUUCCGAUUUCAAUCCAACCCCUCCUCUCGUCUUUCCUCCUCCCUCCUCUAUCCACCACAAACAUUCUUACAAUUCCCAACUUUCCCCUUACCCCGAACAAUCUCUUCAUCCCUACCUUUCUUCUGCUCUUCAUUUUCAAUCCCCCUCCCACCAACAGCUACAUCACAAUGACCCAAUUACCCCUCCUUCUCCUUCUUCUUCCUCUUCGUCAACCCCUUACAAGCGGACCCUUUUGACCCAAGCUCACUCAUCCCUUUCCAAAUCCCCCACCAUCUACCAAUUCCACUCGCACCCACCGCAAUUCAGUCCCCAAAACGCUUCCCUUUUCUCCGUGUCGCUCGCCUUCAAGACCUUUUUGUAUCGAGCUCUCCGCAAAGCCAAGCACUUUCGACGAUUGCGGGUCCAUCUGCGGCUGAUCCUCUUGCUCGCCCUCCCGUUCUUCUACUUCUUGGUGUCCCAUCCGAGCCACUCCUUCCUCCUCGACUUCCUCUCCGCCUUCGCCUUCUCCGCCGCCCUCUUGUUCUCGCUUAACCUCGCGCUCCCUCGCCUCCCCUCCAUACGCCUUUUCCUUGCGCGGUCCUUCCCGAUUAAGCUCUCCAACGGCUCGCCCAACUCCCGGCCGCCUCUGCCGGUGUUUUGGUCAAUUGGGUCGCGUUUUAAACCCGAAAAGAUAGCAAAUUCGGGCUGUUGGGUCCAGGUCUAUAGCAACGGUGACGUGUACGAGGGCGAGUUUCACAAAGGAAAGUGCUCGGGAAGUGGAGUGUAUUACUAUUACAUGAGUGGAAGGUACGAGGGGGACUGGGUCGAUGGCAAGUAUGACGGCUAUGGAGUGGAGACGUGGGCCAGGGGAAGCCGGUAUCGUGGGCAGUAUCGGCAGGGGCUUCGGAAUGGUUUUGGGGUAUAUAGGUUUUAUACCGGUGAUGUUUAUGCCGGGGAAUGGGCUAAUGGACAGAGUCAUGGGUGUGGAGUGCAUAACUGCGAGGAUGGGAGUCGGUAUGUCGGGGAGUUCAAAUGGGGCGUCAAGCACGGCCUUGGUCACUACCAUUUCAGAAAUGGGGACAAAUACGCUGGAGAAUAUUUUGCGGACAAGAUGCAUGGUUUUGGGGUCUAUUCUUUUGCAAAUGGACAUCAAUAUGAGGGAGCCUGGCAUGAAGGUAGAAGGCAAGGGCUUGGAAUGUACACAUUCAGAAAUGGUGAAACACAAUCUGGUCACUGGCAGAACGGCAUUCUUGACAUUCCAAGCACGCAGAACACUACUGCCUCUGUAUCUCCUGUUGCUGUUUAUCAUUCCAAAAUACUCAAUGCAGUGCAGGAAGCUCGGCGAGCAGCAGAGAAAGCCUAUGAUGUGGCCAAGGUAGAUGAGAGAGUCAACAGGGCAGUAGCAGCAGCCAAUAGGGCAGCCAAUGCAGCUAGAGUAGCUGCAGUUAAGGCUGUACAAAAACAAAUACACCGUAAUAGUAACAAUGAGAAUAUCCCAAUUCCAAUCACUUGAGACUCCUAACUGCAGCUUGUUCUCCUUUAAUGAGUGACAGCAGUCUCGGGACCAUGCUUAUCUUGUUUUCCUCACUGAGCAGAUUUGCAUUUUAUCUUGUCAUCUUCUCUUCGGCCUUUUGCUUUGGGAGGAUUCAUUUUAUGGUUCCUCUUGGAACCUGUGAGUAGAGAGGAAGAUCUAUGAAGAGGAGUGGAAUGGUCAGCUAUACUGCUUCAAGAUUGUGUGUAGAGAGAGAGAGAGAGAGAGAGAGAGAGAGAGAGGGUUGAUGAUGAGAAAUUCCAUAUCAGAUAUUCAUCUAAUUUUUUGCUUUUCAAUCUCACUGCCAUUUUUGUAAAGAUGAGGUAGAUGUAAUAUAAAGCCGGUGCCGGUGCCGGUGCCAGUGCCGAGGUAAAACCUCAACCCAGCCAAUGUAGUAUUUGAGUCGGUUGGUAUUUGGGGGGGUUAACAAUAGAUGUAACAAAUCUACUGCUCUCAAAUUUUCCAUUUUUGCUAA